GGAAAUUAUUUCGAGAACGACCUCCAAGUGAACGGCUCUGUCUUCGCUCUCCGUGCCCGCUGUUGACUUCAGGAAAGGCCCGAGGACACAACAGAACCGACAAAAUGAAGUUCUUGAAGACGUCGAGGGUCUGCCUCGUUACCCGGGGUCGUUAUGCCGGCAAGAAGGUUGUCAUCAUCCAGCCGGUCGACAACGGCAGCAAGACACACCCCUACGGCCACGCCCUGGUAGCGGGCAUCGAGCGGUACCCGAACAAGAUCACGCGCCGCAUGUCCAAGUCGAGGCAGGAGAAGCGCUCCAAGGUCAAGCCCUUCAUCAAGAUCAUCAACUACAACCACCUGAUGCCCACCCGCUACACGCUCGAGCUCGAGGGCCUCAAGUCCGUGAUCACCCCCGACACCUUCAAGGAGGUCAGCCAGCGCGAGGAGGCCAAGAAGACGGUCAAGAAGGUGCUGGAGGAGCGCUACAUGAGCGGCAAGAACCGGUGGUUUUUCACUCCUCUGCGGUUUUGAUUGGGUUUUUCCUCAACUGGCUGGGCGGGGCGAACGGUUUUUUUUCGGGCUGUAAACAGCAUUCAUGGAAUAAAAAUCUGAGGCUCACUGGCUGAAUUUUACGGCAAUGUUCUGACGACACAACCCGUCUGGCGUUGACGCCGUUCCUCAUUAGAUGCGUGUCCCCCUGAUGCCGCGCCGCAACCAUGGAAAGCCGGUGGUGAACAGGGCAGGAAGAAUCGGAGCAGGCGGGAAAGGCGGCCCUCGGUUGACCGAUCAUGUUCCCUGGCCUAAUGAUAUCCACCAGAGUAGGACAGCCAACGCAGAGGGAGUCUUUGGUGUUGUUCUGAG